AUGGACGAACACACAUCCUCCUCCGCCUCGGCCUCGGCCUCGGGCGGCCCCGUCCCCUUCGGCAAGGAGAUGCGCAAGCUCUUCAACUUCAGCGACACCUACCGGCCCAUGAACCACGGCUCGUGGGGCACCUUCCCACGCGCCAUCAUGGAGGAGCGCGCCGCCCACCAGCGCGCCUUCGAGGCCCGCCCGGACGUCCACAAGUACCGGGACACGCCCGCGCUCAUCGCCGCUUCCCGCGCCGCCGUGGCGCCCCUGCUCGGCGCGCCCGCCGACGAGGUCGUCCUCGUGCCCAACGCCUCGACCGGCGUCAACACCGUGCUGCGCAACCUGCCCUUCCGCGAGGGCGACGUCGUGAUCUACUUCAGCAGCGUGUACGACGCGUGCCGCCGCACCGUCGAGUCGCUCGCCGAGACGACGCCCGUGAGGGGCUGGCAGGUCGAGGUGGAGCACCCGCUCGAGGACGACGAGGUGGUGCGCCGGUUCCGCGAGGGCGUGCUCGCGGCGCGGGCCGCGGGGCAGAGGGUCCUGGCCGCGGACUUUGAGACGGUCAUGUCGCUGCCGGGGGGCCGCCUGCCGUGGGAGAGGCUGUGCGGCGUCUGUAAGGAGUUUGGGGUGCUGUCGCUCGUCGACGCGGCGCACGGGGUCGGGCAUGUCGAUCUCACUCGCGUCGGGGAGGUGAGCCCGGAUUUCCUGGUGACGAAUUGCCACAAGUGGCUCUUCACGCCCCGCGGCUGCGCGGCGCUGUACGUGCCCAAGCGCAACCAGCACCUCAUCGCCACCAACUUCCCGACCUACCACGCCUACCAGCCGCCCGCGGCGCGGGCCAGCAUGGACACCAACGCGUACUUCCAGUCGCUCUUCCUCGACCUCGCCACCCUCGACGUCAGCGCCUUCUUCUGCCUGCCCGCGGCCAUCAAGUGGCGCGACGAGGUCUGCGGCGGCGAAGACCGCAUCCGCGAGUACUGCUUCGACCUGGCGCGGCGGGGCGGGGACCGGGUCGCGCAGACCCUGGGCACCGAGGUCAUGGACAACGCGAGCCACUCCUUCCGGAAGUGCUGCUUCGCCAACGUCCGGCUGCCGCUUCAGGUUGGAAGGGAUUUUGCCGAGGACGAGGCCGGGAGGGUGUCGGAUUACUUGUACGACGUGGCGAUGAGCGAGUUCGACACGUACUUCCAGAUCAAGUUCGACUAUGGCCACUUCUGGGUCAGGCUGAGCGCGCAGGUGUAUCUCGAGAUGGAGGACUUUGAGUGGAGUGGGCGGACGCUGAUGGAGCUGUGUAGGAGGGUGAGGGAGGGCAAGUGGAGGAGUUGA